GUUGGUUGCGUCCUCAAACCAGUCUAUUUGUCUCAAAAGAGAAAGGCCAUUCUUCAGCCUUGAUACCAACAAGAUGCCUUCGGGUUCAGUCAGUCUGCAAUAGCCAGCGAGGCGAAGAGACAUUUUAACGCAAUAUAUCCACUUUAAUCCUUUGUUGUUCUUUUAUGGCAUUCGUAUCUAGAUCUAAAAUUAAUGGUUCUACUAAUUUUAAAGUGUUACUAAAAAGAAUCUUUGCAACCAAAAGAUAUUUCUUUUGUGAUACUCAAAAAUAAUUAGUUAGUGAAUUUUUUUUUGUCCAACAUUUUGUACUAAAUUAUAAACCAUGGAUGAUGAUUGUGACCACAGUAAAAAAGCAGAGAAACCACAAGAAUUAUUAAGACCACCUGACCAACCAGAUUUUUUAAUAUUAAAUUUAAACAAACUAAGAGAAGACGAAAUUCUCACAGACAUUACCAUAAUUGUGCAAACCAAGGAAUUUAAAGCUCAUAAAGUAGUAUUAGCAGCUUCAAGUGACUACUUCAAGGCUAUGUUUUCAGAUAACAUGAUUGAAGCACAAAAUAGUCAUGUUAACUUACAUGGAAUCACGUCGAAUAUUUUUCAAAUUUUAUUAGAUUAUAUUUAUACCUCAAUCAUCAAAAUUGAUCACACAAAUGUUAACGAAAUGUUAUCUGCAGCCAUGUACUUACAAAUCGUACCUGUGAUCAAUGAAUGCGCGGCAUUUUUAAUUGUUAAUUUAACUACAUAUAAUUGUUUAGAUAUUUUAAACGUAGCGGAAGAGUAUUCUUUAUUGAGAAUGCGAAAAAUGGUUUAUUCGUUUUUAUGUCAUAAAUUAACUGAAAUAGCCAGUUUAGACGAAUGGACAAAGUUUAAACCAUCCCAAAUAGCUAACGUUUUAUCAUUAGAUCUUGCCAUUGAUACGCCUGAACCUGGUGUAUUGUAUAUUAUUUUAAAAUGGUUUUUAAAUGGAAAUGAAUCAGAAUUAAAUGAAAAAUUAAAACAAGCCGAAACAAUAUUAUCAAAAAUAAAUUUUAAACACAUUCCUCGUUCCGAUUUAAAUUGGAUACUCGAACAACACUUUGCACCAUUUAAUCAUCGCCAAACGAAACAUCCCCUUUACUUAAAAAUUAUGGAUCAAAUAGAUUCCAUAGGAAAUUCCAUAGGUUCCAUUCCAAAUUUUCGAACUUUUAAUAUUCGUGGAAUGGAAUUGGGUGUUUUAAGAAUAGGUGGUUUUGGAGAAAACGGUUUAACAAAUCAAAUUUGGUACUCACUUCGUGGAUGUAAUAAAUGGAUCGAAUUAACAACCAUCCCACACCAUGAACAGUGUAAUUAUGGAACUGCUGUCUUAGAUAAUUGUUUGUAUAUUGUAGGUGGAUGUUUUAAUCAAUCUCUACAAGAAAUUAUACAUCCGUAUGGUUUUAAAUACGAUCCAAGAAAUGAGCAGUGGUACCGAAUUCCAGCUAUGAAAGUCGAUAGAUGUAGAUUUAGUUUAAACGCUUGUAAUAGAAAAUUAUAUGCCGUCGGUGGUGCUACAGAUGCCGAUGAUUUAGAAUGUACAAAUACUUGUGAAUGUUACGAUGCUGAUACACAAAAAUGGGAGUUUGUUGAAUCUUUGCCAUGCGGAAGAACGCAACAUGCAGGGACUUCAAUAGAAAUCAACGGCGUUGAAAAGUUAUAUAUAAGUGGAGGUAUAUAUCGAGACAACGUAAAAAAUUCAAUGUAUUUAUUUAACCCUGAUAUUAAAGUCUGGUGUAUUUGCCCACCAAUGUUAACACCGAGAGCAGAUCAUUCCAUGAUCGCCUACGGGCAUAAAAUUUAUAUUUGCGGCGGAUGGUACGAAGAUCUUGAACUUCCAGCACGAAGAAGAGUCGCCGCCUCCACCAUAGAUGCAUACGAUUGCUUAACGAAUACUUGGGAAGUCGUCACUAGAAUACCCACACCAAGAAAUCACGCGGGCGUUGUUGCCGACGACUCCAAAAUUUAUAUUAUCGGUGGAUUUCUAACUGACGCUAUGUUUCAUAAAGAUGUAACUCCAGUCGAAACUUAUGACAUAAAAACAGACGUUUGGUCUUCCAAUGAAAAACUUCCCCAACAAUGUUGGGAACAUGCUUGUGUUACAAUUUAUAUUCCAAAAAAUGUGCAAGAAAAUGAUGUUAAGGCGCAAAAUGGAAAUAAGAGGAAAGUACCUAAAGUUUGAUUAAAAAUAUGACAAUCAUGUACAAUAUAAUAUAGUGAGUCUUGAAUUAUUUUAUGUUUGAGUAUAUUUAUAUAUUAUAUUUGAGAUUAUUUCUACAAUUGUCUCUUUCUGUAUCCCUUCCUUAACACAUUAAAAAUUUAUACCAUAA